AUGGUCGAGCAGCAAACUGUUAACGAUGACUUGCGCAAAGAACGAAUGACCUGUACCUUUAAUACAGAAGAAUUGACGAACUUCAUAGACGGCGGCGCGGAAUAUACCGAAAAGAGACGAAAAAUCGCGGAUUUUUUCCUCAGCGAUCCACGAUGUAAAGAUAAAGUGCCUGUGGAAUACCUAAGCCACCAAGAACAUUACGAGCAAGCGAUUCGGAAAGCUUGCAUUUUUUACAAUAAGAUCAAAAAAUGGGAGGAGAUUUCGAACAGUAGCUUGAUAGACAUUUACAAUAUAAUUUGGAGUAGUGGAAUAGACACAGCAAUUUUAAAACAAAAUGUACCUUUUGGCGUUCAUACUUUUAUGUUUUUACCAUCUCUAAUCGGUCAAGGUACUCCAGAACAGCAAGAAGAGUGGGUUGGCCGUGCCUUUAAGAAUUCAAUUUUGGGUACAUAUGCUCAGACGGAACUAGGACAUGGAACUUUUAUUCGGGGAUUAGAAACCACGUGCACGUAUGAUCCAGAAACAGAAGAGUUUAUUUUAAAUAGUCCGACAUUAACAUCGUACAAAUGGUGGCCCGGUGGACUUGGACACAGUUGUAAUUACGCGAUUGUUCUCGCUCAACUUUACACUCAAGGCAUACAUCGUGGAAUACAUCCGUUCAUUGUUCAAUUAAGGGAUUCAGAAACAUGGAUGCCCAUGCCUGGAAUCAAAAUUGGUGAAAUCGGUAGUAAGAUGGGCAUGAACUCUGCGAAUAACGGAUACUUGGCGUUUGAUAAUGUUAGAUUACCUCGAAUGCACAUGCUAAUGAAAAAUUCUAAAGUUCACAAGGACGGAACUUAUGAAAAAUCACCACAUGAAAAAUUAACAUAUGGAACAAUGAUUUUUGUUCGAGUAUUAAUUGUUAAGAGUUUAGUUACUACUAAUUUAAUGAAAUCAUCAACAAUCGCAGUGAGGUAUAGUGCGAUUCGCCGACAAUCAGAACUUAAAUCAGGUGAACGAGAACCUCAAAUUUUAGAUUACCAAACACAACAGUACAAGUUAUUUCCCGUUAUUGCUUCAAGUUUAGUAUAUAAAAUUGCAGCAAAAUGGUUAUGGGAUAAAUACUCUGCAGUAACUUCACAAUUAGAGCGAGGUGAUUUAGUUCAAUUGCCGGAGCUACAUGCUAUGGCCUGUUGUCUGAAAGCUGUCGGCACAAGCGAUGCAUCUAUCAGCGUAACAUCUUGUCGUUUAGCAUGUGGCGGUCACGGAUAUAUGAACUGCAGUAAUCUGCCGAACAUCUAUGCACUCAUAACUGCAACAGAAACCUAUGAAGGCGAAAACACGGUACUGCUUUUGCAAACAGCUAGAUUUCUGAUAAAAUCGUACGAGACCGUGCAAAUGGGAAACGAUGUGUCCAUGUUAGAAACGUUGUCUUACUUGGAAAGAUACAAUAGCUUAAAACGAUUGCCUUGGACAACAACGUUAGAUUGUAUGGCCAGUGCGUUUUUCCAAGUUGCCGGAAGUAAAAUCGACGAUUGUUACUUCACAAUGAAACGACUGAUUGAUUCUGGAAUGGCUCAAGAAGAUGCUUGGAAUCGAACAUCUAUUAAACUUACUCAAGCAUCCGAAGCGCAUUGCAGAGCGUUUAUGAUCAGUGUUUACGUAAAAACACUUAAAACGAAUCAAUUUUCACCAGAAUUAAUGAACGUUCUAACUCAACUCGGUGAGCUAAUUUGUGCGCAGUGGAUAUUAAAUAGACUUGGUGAUUUUCUGCAGCAUUCUAACCUAAAACCGGUUGACGUACAUGCAAUACAACGCUUAUUAGAAGACUGUUUAGAACGCAUUAGACCCAAUGCAGUCGGUUUAGUUGACAGUUUUGACGUUCGAGACGAAAUAUUGGACUCUGCGUUAGGCUGCUACGACGGAAACGUAUACGAGCGGCUUUUGGCAGAAGCCAAUAAAAGCCCCCUGAACAAAGAACCAGUGAACCGCUCAUUUGAGUUGUACUUAAAACCGUUUUUAAAAUCUAACAUGUAAAUUAAAUUCAUUGUUCAAGCUGCGUUUAUAAUAUGUAUAGACAUGCUUAUACGAAGAAUAGAUAAUUAAUGAGGAUAAUAUGUUAAUAAUUAAUUUCCUAAAAUUUUUAAUUAAAUCAAAACAUAAUAUCUUGUUAAAUGAAAUGGUUUAUUUAAAGUCUAAGGAAUAAUAUACAUGUAAUUUAUUAAAACAAUAAUAUAUAUAAUAUAUAUAUAUAUAUAUAUUGUAAUAAAAAAAAUAAAACACGUUAGGUAGAGUAUGAUGACCGCGGUUAUGUAAUAUUAGAGAUAGUUAAAAAUCAAUAUAAAUCUUAAAUUAUAGUAUUGGAAUCUAAUAGUUACAGUUAAUAUUGCAUAUGGACGAUUAAAUCAAAUGUAUAAAAACAUUCAUUAUUUUAAAAGAUUGACUUUAAAAAUUGUGAACACUUUUUCCAUGCGGUUAUUAA